AUGAAGUCCGUCUACACUCUCGUCACCCUUCUCACUGGCCUCGUUGUUGCCACUCCCAUUGCCCAGCCUGAGGCUGAGCAGGCCCUUCGCAAGACUGCCUGCCUUUGCCGCAUCAACAACGGCUCUGGUGGCUUCUUUGUCUCCCUCGGCCACUGUGGUGACUGCACCACCCAGGAGCUCGCCUACUGUUUCACUGCCUCCGCUGAGGGCACUGUCUGCAACGAGGAUUAA